CUCUGCAGCAUAACCAUGAUGGUUCUCCUUUUCUGGCCUGUGGCCUUCUACUUGGUCCAGUUGGAACAAGAAGCUAGAUUCAGAAGAUACCAGAUGAUGUUUUUCAAGAGGAAAAAAAUGAAGAGAUGUAAUACAAUCACAAAGCUGAGAGCUGCACAAGUGGCUAUUGGACUGCCAUUUUUUCUCAUCCUUUUAUGUCUGCUUGUGGUGCCGUGGGGGAUUUUUUCUCCCUGCCUUCAGGAGAGGCAUAAAUUGGGACCCAAGCCGGACCUCUUUGGACAUAGAGGUGCACCCAUGCUGGCGCCUGAGAACACCAUGAUGUCCUUUGAGAAAGCUAUUGAAAAUGGGGCGUUUGGGCUGAAGACUGAUGUAUAUUUAAGUUAUGAUGGGGUGCCUUUUCUCAUGAAUGACAAUGACCUGAGAAGAACAACCAAUAUCAAGAAGGUCCUGCCAGAUGAGUCCCUCACACCAGUUUCCUACUUCUUUUGGGAUUUUCUGUCGACUCUGAAUGCUGGCGAAUGGUUUAUACAAUCACAGUUCAAACCAUUUUACAAUAUGAAACCCUUAUCAGCGGCGGAUAGAGAAAAAGCAAGAAAGCAGACGAUUCCAACACUAAGUGAUUUAUUGAAACUUGCACAGAAGGAGGAAAAAUUUGUGAUGUUUGAUCUUUAUGUCCCUCCCGAAGACCAUCCUUUCAGUCAAACGUUUAUCCAUGAUGUUGUACAGGUGAUCCUUGACUCUAAAAUUGAGCAACAUCUGAUUUAUUGGUUGCCAAGUAUGGAUAGGAGGUAUGUCAAAUGGGACGUUCCUGGUUUUCAGCAUGUAGGCCAGUUAUGGACCAUUGAAGAACUUAGAGAAGAAAAUGUCAGUAUAAUAAAUGUUGACUACACGAAGUUGUUCCACAAUGGGUUGAAAGAGUAUAGAGAUGCUAACAUCACGAUCAACUUGUAUGUCAUCAAUGAGCCUUGGCUCUUCUCGCUGGCCUGGUGCUCCAGGGUUCACUCAGUGACCACAGACAACAUAGAGCUCCUGAGGCAGAUAGAUGACCCUUCCUACAUCAUGACGCCGGGUUACUAUAUGUUCUUGUGGUUUCUCAUGGAUUGUGUUUCUGCAGUUAUCAUUUAUGCCAUAUUUUAUUUUCAUUGGUGGAGAGAGAACCAAAAACUAAAAGUCUUGGGGAGCAGCAGCAGUCACACAGAUAUUGAGAGUAUAAACCUCCAAACGGGAAACAGUAAGGAUCAAGGAGCUUCAAAUUUAUCCACAGAGCAACCCUCUCGAGUUAAAGAUAUACCUUGGAAUCUAAAACCUCUCUAUCCAGAUUUAGCCAACAGCAAAAGAAACUACCCAGGCUCUCACCAGCCCUCAGUAGUCCCCAAGAAGAAAGACCACAGAGCUAGUCAAGGGAAACAUCAAACCACUGAUGCCUGCAAGGUUGAUACUAGACAACUGAUACCCUCCAAGGCCUUUGAUCCCAUGCAAAUACCCACCUGGGAGGCCAACAGAGAGGCCACCUCCAAACUGCAUUACUUGCCUGGAAGGUGAAUGAUGCAGUUUCCUCCAUAGAGGUCCUUCAUCCUGAAACACAACCCAAAAUGAUCUCCACUAUUGAAUCCUCCAGAGAAUCCUCUCCUAUGAUGUUUUCCACCACAUCCAGCAUUUCCCCCUCCUCUGGGCUGUCUUCAAAUAAGAAUUAGCCACAUCUUGCCCCUUUCUUCUGCUUCCUUUCUGUGCCUAAGGGCAAUGAUGGUGGGGACUGAUCAAGAAAGGAGUGCAAAAGAGCCAUUGAGGGUCCAGGAUAACAUUCUGGCCUAGCCUCUUUGUAAAGAAUGCAUCUCCAGGGUAUGGGGAAGGAAAAAUAGUUGUGUUCUUGGAACUGGAGCUGGUUGUUCUCUGGGUGAUACAGGGCUUGUCUCAUCCGAACCCUUGAUUGUAUUCCCUGCUAAUGGGGCAGCUGUGGUGAACAUCAGCAUGUAAAUAAAGGCAACCUUUUAGCGAUGCAAAGGUAACUGGUGUGUUCUUUGGACCCUUCUGUG